CCAGCCUUUACACUCAUGUUCCUAUUACGCGUCUUCAAGAUCUGCUCUGCUCUCUAUCUCUUUGCCGCUGUACUCCACACCACAAGUCAGCUUUUCUCAUCGCCUGUGCACGCUGGCAUAUCUUUGCUCGCCAAAUGUCGCUUUCCUAGUCUGGUCGCUUCUUCCUUUCAGUCCCUCCUAGUGAAACGAACGGCUUCAAAGAACAUCCAAUUCGUCCCGCAAGAUCAAAUUUCCCUUCAAUCUCGUACAAGUCAAGAAAUCGUCCUCUGGACGUCUUCGCCCUUCGCGUUAGAGAAUGGUCUUGGCCAUUCAGACCCCAUCCCCAUGAGCGAAGACUUGUUCUUGUCUAAAGCGUUCUCCUCUCUACGACCGAGCAAAAUUAUACCCUUCUUCUACCGUAGGACAGGCUCUUUCGAAGCGGAUGAUAUCACGAUAACUACGUUGGUAACGAGCAACAGGCUGCAGGUGUUCGCUCGUUUGGUGGAGCGAUAUUCUGGGCCGAUUUCUGUCACUAUCCACAUCAAAAACUCGUCAGAAAACGUUCACGAGCUCUUGGAUUCGAUCCAUUCGGUGUAUACUUCGACUCCCAAGAUGUCGAGCAAUGUCGAUGUUCAUCUCGUCGUCGACGCCUUCGACCGGCAGUUCAACACCUGGCGUAACAUCGCGCGAUUCUUCGCGCGUACAGACUUCGUCAUGAUGCUUGAUAUCGACUUCUCUCCCUGUACCGACUUUCGUUCAGCAAUCCGCAGUAGUUCGGCCAUGAUGGAGAAGCUUCGAACUGGAACUGCAGCGUUUGUGGUGCCUGCGUUCGAGUAUCCCAAGCAUGAAGACGGGAUUGACGCCGCAAGAUUUCCGCAGACCAAGACUGAGCUUAUUGCGCAAGUAGACUCUGGCAAGAUCACUGUUUUCCAUGCUUUCUGGGGCCCCGGUCAUAGCUCUACCCAGUACGAGCGUUACUACGCAUCUUCACCUGGCGAAGUCUAUCGAGUGGACUCGUACCAAGCUGCGUACGAACCCUAUGUCAUUUUCAAGAAGGAUGGACCUCCUUGGCAAGCUCAUAUAUUUGUCGGGACUUGGCUCUGACCCACGUCCAGGUGCGACGAACGUUUUGUCGGAUACGGCGGUAACAAAGCAGCCUGUUUGUUCGAGAUGUAUCUGUCCGGAAUCUCCCUCUACGUGCUUUCGGAUCACUUUCUGGUCCACCAAAACCAUUUAUACGAAGAGACAGCCCGACGAGCUGAGCGCAAGUUCAACCGCAAAAUUUACUCCGAUUUCAGAGAAGAGGCUUGUUUGCGAUAUCUGACGGCAUUUCGCGACAACGGUCAGCUCAACACCGAUCGAGCGAGUAAUGCUCGUAAUGAAUGCAGCAAAAUCCGGAGCAUUGCACGCUUUAUGGCUCAGCUUAACGAUGGGUGACUUGUCCACAACUUCCUGUUCAAAUCAUCUG